AUGGUGCACUCGAGCUCCCACUACUACUAUGAUCCACUUGAACUGGAGACGGGGCAGGAUGUUGCUAACCUUCUCCAAGAUGAAAGACAUAAUGAAUGCAAUCGGAUCGAAUGGCCCUUGAUGAGCGAUGAUCUCAACUGGAUGAGACGAUCCAUAGUCAUCGUUUCAUAUAUCGUCCUUGCUCUUGCGGCUCUGAAUAUCAUCGCCAUCGUUGGAAUUCUCGUUUACCUAUUGGUUAACUCAAACACGUCAACCGACUCAGAGUUUUCCCUCUACAAGAAUACUCGCUUCAAAGAUUGCGCCGCGGUGGAUCCCGAUGCAUCUAACUGUAGUACAAUACUGGCGGCGUGGACGAAGAAAAGUGGUUCCAGUCUUGGUGCCUACUACGCAGACCAGGGACGCUUUUAUAUCCCCGGGACUGAAGUUACAGCCGAGAAUAGAGUGUCAUAUGACUGGUGUCAGACUGUCAGCUGCUUCAACGAUUAUACGGUCAUCCCGUCAUCUGCUAAUGACUCCGCUAUGGGCAUCACGGCCUUGAGCGGUUGGUGGUAUGUCAUUGUCAGCGCGUGGAGUACUAUAUGGACACUGAGAAAAGUAUCUCCUUGGUUCCAUCCAAAUUCCAAAACAAAGCCUUGCCGCGGAUGGAGGGAACUUGGAAUCAUCGACUGGGUAUUAUUUUUGUAUCAUCUCUGCGGGCCCAUCAUCGGUUGGUGGGUCUCUUUCGCCGAUUCUAUCAUCAAUCCAGUCCCAUGGCCCACUCUCUCUUUAAUUGCAUGGUUGACCACUUGGGGAUAUUCGAGUCAGAUUCAAUAUCACCCAUACUCAUGCAUCUUUGCAAGAGUACCAAGGAUCCCCCAAGCUCUACCGUGGAUCUUUGGAUUAUUAGCAGUGUUACAGUGUGCUGCCACAUUUUACUCUGCGGAGACGGACGAAACCAUGUCUGGGGGCACAAAAAAGAUAUACGAUAGCUAUACGUGCUUAGCAGCGCAGAUUGCAACCACACUGGGAACAUCAACAUGUUCCGCGGAAGAAAUCUGCUCCAAGGACUGGCUAUUCAGUGCACCAUACUUCGAAAUGCCCGGAGAUAUUGGCAAAGGACUACCAUUUGGUCUUUGCGUGACAGCUUUAGUCAUGGCUAUCACCGUGCCGGUUGGAAUUCUAAUGACAAAAAUAUCUACCAGCAUCAAAAUAUCUUUCAAAAGAUACUACAAAAUGUGGUCGCCACUGCUCUGUCUGUCUUUCUUGGCUAUAAUCACUAUCCUUGUAGUGGUGUUCAUGAAUGCGAUAGACUUUGGGAAGUCCUGGAAUCGGAGAAAGGCCGAUGCACUUGUUGCAUAUGAUGUCGAGUGUCGUGUUGUUCAUGUUGCGUUGAGUCCGUGGAGAUUUUACCUAGAUGUGAACAGGUAUGGACGAGCAUUGCGGGUCGUUCGACUAUGGUUUGCUUGGUAUGGACUCCAAGUUUGCCUUUUCGCAAAACCGGCCCUCUCGAUCGUGAUUGUUGCCCUCAUUCUCUUGGAAGUCUCCGUGAUCAUGGCCUUGCAGUUCCUGUCCACCCUUCUCGUGUCCGGCUUUGGGAAUGGUGCAUUCACCGGAACCAGCAACAUGACGAAUGUCCCAAUCUUGAAUGGUGCCGUUGUGUAUCCCACCCAAGCGUGGUGGUCGAUACCUCCAGCGGCCGGUUGGACGUUUGCCGAGGAAUCGGAAGCAUUUGUGACUGGGUAA